AUGUGUCCCAGUGCUGAAUGCAGCGGGGUCCUGGUGACACAGGAGACAGAAAAGGCCGAGGUACUCGAUGCCUUCUGUGCCUUGGUCUUUACUGCUUCCAAACAAUUUGCUGAAGAAGUCUUGAAAGCACACAAUGACUACAGGAAGAAACACGGAGUCCCCCCACUAAAACUCUGCAAGAAGUUAAACAGAGGAGCCCAACAGUAUGCAGAAGAAUUGGCUACCACAAGGGUCCUCAAACACAGCUCCGAGUCUGCUAAUGGAAAAUGUGGAGAAAACCUAGCAUGGGCAUCCUAUGACCAACCAGGUAAGCUUUCUUCUCUUGUUGUCUCACAGACCCUGGAUAAAUGGCUUGUCUCAUGUACUUUGGGCUCAGAGCGUCUGGUUGCAAGA